CAUUUCUCUUCCACCACACCAUUCUUCAUCUUCAUCUCCAUUUUUGCCAUAAAUUCUCAGCUUUUGAGCCAUAAUUUCUCUCUGUUCUCUUUUAGAAAUGCAAGCAACAAUGUUUCUGAGAGCUGUUUCAGCUUUUCCUGUGUCUACCAGACAGGGAGAUGCUGCUUUUAGCCCCAUCAAUGGCCUUUCUUCUUCUUCGUCUUCUUGUUCUUCUUCUCCUCCAGUUUUGACUUUAUCUCCAAGAAGGGGAAGAAACAGUUUCGCCGUUUCUGCCUCGGCGGAGAGCGGUGUGCUGACGGGUGUGGUGUUCCAGCCAUUUGAAGAGGUCAAGAAGGAAGCUUAUAUGGUUCCUAUUGCUCCUCAAGUUUCUAUCGCUCGUCAGUUCUAUGAGGAUGAGUGUGAAGCUGCAUUAAACGAGCAGAUCAAUGUGGAGUACAAUGCUUCCUACGUAUACCACGCCAUGUUUGCAUAUUUUGACAGGGAUAACGUUGCCUUGAAAGGCCUAGCCAAAUUUUUCAAGGAAUCCAGCGAAGAAGAAAGAGAACAUGCCGAAAAGCUAAUGGAGUAUCAGAACAUCCGCGGAGGGAGAGUAAAACUACACUCUAUACUGAUGCCUCUGUCAGAGUUUGAUCACGCAGAGAAAGGAGAUGCUUUAUAUGCUAUGGAGUUAGCAUUGUCUUUGGAGAAGCUGACAAAUGAGAAGCUGUUGAACUUGCACAGUGUUGCUUCUCGAAAUAAUGAUCCACAAAUGGCAGACUUCGUUGAAAGUGAGUUUUUAGAAGAACAGGUUGAAUCCAUUAAGAAAAUAUCAGAAUAUGUGACUCAAUUAAGGAUGGUGGGGAAAGGCCACGGAGUCUGGCAUUUUGAUCAGAAGCUUCUCCAUGAGGGUGAUGCUGCAUGAUGAAGAUUUUACUUUUAUCUUGUUCUUGGUUUGAGUAUGUUCUUUGGUAUUGAAGUUGUAGGACUCUUCUUCAUUGGGAGCUUUAGCUUGUUAGAGAUAAUAAAUUGGCAUUGUACUAUGUAGGGUGUAUAAAUAUCAAUGUAAUACAAAGCAGGCAGCUGUUUUGAUUAAAGUAAUAGCAAUAACCUCUUGGUUUUUCUUUA